AUAAUCCCUCUUGUUGUGCAGUUCUCAUAUAGACCACUGGAUGGCGCUGCCUCACACCGACAGCACGAGCAGCAGCGUCUCACUCCCCGUCCGCCGAGCUGAAUGUCCACAAUCUGAUCUCCUCCUCCUACCAUUUCUUUUUCUCCCGAAGCUUUAAUGAGUGAAGGAUCAGGCUGCUGGAGAAGCCCAGUGUUGCAGAGGCGAAGCGCGACGUCAUGACCGUUCCCCGAGAUUACAAACACUCGCUGACGUCAUCACAUCAUUCACCUACAUCGUGUACGACAGGCGGCCAGAUGAAGAGAAGAGGACAGCGACAUGGUUCCUCAUCACGCUGUGAUGUGAUGUGAUGUGAUGUGACAAUCUGUGCCGCUCCUCUCUCGGGUUCCUCCUGCUGUGAUUGUGCCUCCUACCUUCCCUGAGAUGCACGCUGAGACGCUAUUAUCUAUAGAAAUAUUGUAACCUUCUCAGGAGGGAGAAAUGAGGAGCCCCCGGAGCUCGCUGGUCUCCUCCUGUCUCUCAGUGCUGCUCUGCUGCUGGACUGGAGCGAGCGCCUGGCAGACCCGUGACGUCAGAAAUAACAAUUCUUACAUCCUAACAAAACUCACGUCGCCACACGUCAGAAACAGAGAUGGUGAGGUUGAGUUGAAGAGGCAGGAAUACGAAACCAACUCGAGUAUCAGCAGCAGCAGCAGUGACUUGCUUCAAGAAGGUAGUGUGUGUGCGUAUCGCGUGCUGGAGAGAGGUGAAGACAGACGGCUAUGCUUCCGACACACUCGGGUUAACUUCACCUGCCCCAACAGCACCUGCAAGCUGGUCAGAUCACCUGGAGGUCACCUGGUCGCCAACCUGCUCUCCAACAGCACUGUGCUGCUCCAGUGGACUUACCCCAUAGUGCAAGAAAAAUCAGAACAGAUUAAAGUGAACUCAGAGAACCCUACAGAACCUGUGACAAGGUCUCCACCUGUGCCACCAAAGAGCCCCAUUGUGGGGCAGCUUGAGCCUCAGGGGGGCUUCAGGAUGAGGUGCUGGUGGAACGGCAGCUACACUCAGUUCGAGUGUGCAAGUGUGCACCUGGCCAGCGGCUGCAGGGACUAUCUCCUGAGCGAGCUCCAUGAAAACGUGCCCUACCGCAUCUGCCUGCAGCCGGCGGUUUGGGAUGGGCCCGGCGAGUGUGUGGAGUUCAGCACGUCACCCACAGGGAUGCAAGACAUCGUGAUCGCCAUGAUGACGGUGGGCGGAGCAAUCUGUGUGAUGCUUGUUAUCAUCUGCCUGCUAGUGGCCUACAUAACGGAGAACAUCAUGAGUCCCAACGGGCAACACAUACAUGCCACGGAGCAGCACUCUCGCCAUUCACACAACACAUACCUCUGAACACACACACACACAAACAGCUGAAGACAUGAUUUAUUUAGAAAGUAUUUCUUUUAACCGAUCACUGCCUUCUGAUAUCAUCAACUUUUCCCCAGACAUUUAUUUUACCAGUGUACUUUUCCUCUUAACUUAAUGUUCAAAAAAUUCUUCACCUGGAACUCGACAGGAAAUAAAAAUGACUGUCAUGUCACACACCCUUUUACUCUAACUUCUAAUUGAAGUGGCUUUUUGUUGUUUUAUUUACUUUCAGUCUUGCUUUCUACAUGCUCCAAAGUUCUCAGAAAUUCAACACUUUGGCUUUGUGUAUAAACUGAUCAGAGCUACAGUGUAGUUUUGUUUUCUGGAAGCUGAGGUGCACACUGAUGACAUCAGAUGGCAGUAAGUGCUUAAAUAGAAACAUUGCUCUUCACAAUCAUCUCUGUACCUACACAUACAUCUAAAAACACACACACUCCCUCCUACUGAGCUCUCAUUUCACAUACACGUUCGUGUCAUGGCACUCGAACACAAGAGAAGAGAGGCCCUGGACAAACCUUUUAACAGCCCACACACACACACACACACCUAUCCCUGUGAGCUUCUGGUGACAUCCAUGGCAAAAAGAGUGUAUCAUAAUGUAAGGAGCACUGCUGCAUUUUGUGUCGUCUUUUCAUCUUGAAGCAAAAAAAACAUCUCAUUGGAAUUCUGUUUGGAUUUAUGUACACAUAUCACAGCGAGUGUGU